AUGCUUGCGUCAACAACGCAAGAUACUGUGGAUAAUGCAAAUGAUAGCAUUCAGAAAGAGUUAUCAUCACCUGCAAAACUUACUCCUCCACUAUUAACAUUAAGUACAGAUGAGUAUUAUAAUGUUAUUCAACAACAAUAUGGAGGUCUUUGGGGAAAAUUUAAAUUUGAAGAUUCUCUUGGUGAUUUUUCUGGCGAGGCUCGACCAUUUCUUUAUGUUGAUAGUAGUAUUGAUUUAUAUGUUCUACGUCAGUUCAUGGUCAAGGAAUGGAAAUUAAAACCACCAAAUUUAGUUAUACCUAUUCUUAGUGCUAUUACAAGUCGUAAAGCAAUCAGAAAUCUUAAAAUGAUUGAAACAAUAAAAAAUGGCAUGAAAAAUGCUGCAAAUGCUUCUGAAGUAUGGUUUAUAACAAAUGGUCUUGAUGUUGGUUUGCCACAAUAUAUUGGAACUGCUUUUCGAGAAGAAAUUGCAAUGAGACGAGCUGAUGAUGCAUGGGCAAUACAGAUGAAUCGUGAUGCAAAAAAACGUAAAGCAUUAGUUUUAAUUGGAAUUGUUUGUGAUGAUGAAUUUCACGAUUUUAUUGAUUUCAAACCAGCAAAAGACAAACCAAAAAGGGAUGUUAAAGUACCAAUGCGUAAACGUGAACAAUUAUCAUUAAACAGUGAUCAUACACAUUUUAUUAUAAUUCGUGAACAACCUAUUGGUUCUAGUUCAAUAAAUGAUUCAGAGAAAAAGCCUGUUAAAAAUGAUGCUGGGGAAAAACUGUUAGAGAAAUUAACUGAUGCAGCUAAUAGUAGUACAAAUAAAUUUCGUGAGCGUUUAGAAGCUUUUAUACAUCAAGAAGCAUCACCACCACCCAUCAUAUCUUCCACUGGAUCACCACCAGCAACAACAACCGAUGCUGCAGCAGUAGCAUCGAAUAAACCUGAUCCAUGGAGUGAAGAUGGUUUUCCAAUGGUAUGUACAUUAGUUCGUGGUAUGCCAGGAACUAUUGAACUUGUAUAUCGAAAAAUUCAACAAGAAAUUCCUGUAAUAAUUUUGAAAGGAACUGGAUCAGCUGCUGAUAUAAUUACAUUUGCUUAUGAAGAAAUUAGUGCUAAAAAUGAAAAAGAAUUUGAAGAUGGUUAUUUAAAAGUUGAAUUAGCUCGACGUUUACUUGAUGAAUAUCCUCUAUUAAAAGAUAAUAAUGUUAAACGAAAUGAAAUUCGUGAUCAUAUUAUGUCAAUUGUUAAAAAAGCAGAUCAAGGAAAAAGAAAACUUCUAACAUUUAUUGAUCUUUAUAGUGGAACAGGAUCAUUAAAUGAUUUUCAUAAAUUUAUUCUUUCAGCACUUUUACAAUCACAAAAAUCUGUAACUGGUAGUAAAGUUAAUGCUCAAUUAAAACGAAAUCUUGUAUUAACACUUGAUUGGAAUUUACCAGAUUUAGCUUUAUCAGAAAUUUUUCAACGUAAUGAUGAUAUAAGAUAUACUAUUCCAGCAGAAUUAUUUGAUAAAGCUGUACUAGGAAAAAAACUUGAACCAUUUGUUGAUUUAUUUCUUGAUCGAGAUUUUAUUUUACAUCGAUAUUUAAAAUCAGAAAAAUUACUUGAUUUAUUUAAUAAAGCAAAAGAUAAAGAAUUUUUAACAACAACAUCACUUGAAGGCAUUCUUGGCUUGACUGGAGAUGAUGAAGAAGUGCCAACAGAUUUUGUUGAAAAUGGUCUUAAUAAAAUUGUUAAACGUUUAACUGAUAUUAGUCAUUUUUUUAGUAAACAUGAAAUGGAUUGUAAUGCUAUGGGAAUUUAUUUUGGUGAUAAAUCAGAUAAAGGUGUUCAACGACAAAGAGCACGAGCAGAAAAAAAAGCUCUUCGACAUUUCAUUAUUUAUGCUGUAUUAAUGAAUCGACAUCAAUUAGCAAAAAUUCUUUGGAAACGUUCAUCUGAACCAAUUCCAUUAGCAUUAAUUUGUUGUAUGAUGUUUAAACAAUUAGCACCAUAUUGUCAUGAAUCUUAUCAAAGAUUAUUAAUAGAAAAACAAGCAAAAGAUUUUUCCGAUUGUGCUGUAGGUGUUCUUGAUAAAGCAUUCAAUGAAGAUAGUAUGAGAACAUUUGAAAUGCUUGAUGAAAAACAUUCGGAUUGGAGUCAUAUGGCAACUGUUGAAUUAGCUUAUAAUGCAGAUAAUAAAGAAUUUAUGGCACAUGCUGCUUGUCAAAAAUGGGUUACAAGACAAUUUUAUGGAGAAAUUACACCACGUGAAAUUCCAUGGGGAUUAUUUAAAUGUCCUGAUUCUAUUAAAAUCAUAUCUAGUGCUAUUCUUAUAUUUCCAAUGUGGUUUUGGAUAAAUUUUUCUCCAAUUGGUCAAGCACCUCCGUCACCGACAAAACCAAGUGAUUUACAAAGUGAUGGAAAAAAAGACGCAAAAGUUGAUGAAACAAAAAGAUUAAUUGAACAUGCUGAUGAAGUCGACAUCCGAGGAGGGGCUAGCUUUUUUCAACGAAUAAGACGUCGUCUUUGUGGUGAUAAUUCAAAAACACAAAAAAGUGCACCAGUAGCAUCGAAGCCUAAUGAGAAGCAAAUGAGUCAUUUUGAAGAAAUCAAUGUUUUAUGGUCAGCACCAAUAACAAAAUUUUAUACAAAUUUCGUUGCUUACCUUGCGUUUUUAUUUUUUUUUACAUUGGCUGUUAUGUGGCCAUCAUGUGGUAACUUAUUACUUGACUGUGUUGUUUGGUUUUGGGCAGCAUCAAUUGCUUUUGAAAAUACACGUGUUGCUUAUGAAAAAUAUUGUUCUCAAAGUAGUUUACCCUUGCAACAAGCAGUAUUUGAAAUUAUGGUACAAACUAUAUUUCUAGCACUUUAUCUUGGUGUUAGAAUUAUUGGUUUAUGGAAUUUUGGAACUUGUCAUAUUUUACCAGCAAAAGCAAUCUUAGGUUUCGGAUUAAUUUAUUAUUAUUAUCGAAUGUUAUUUAUAUUUUUACCGAUAAGUCCAAAACUUGGUCCGAUGAUGAUUCGACUUCAACGGAUGGUCAUGGAUGAUUUUUUUUCAUUUCUACAAUUAUUUGUGAUAUUUAUGAUAUCAUCUGGUGUUGCGAUAACAGCUGUACUUUAUCCACAUCAUCCACUUAAUUUAGAUUUAUUUACAAGAGCUUUUGUAUUUCGUGGUUUAAUGGCAUUAUUUAGUAGUGAAAUGGCUGAUUUAAAAAAACAAACUAAUCCAUGCACAUUAAAUGCGACAAGUUCAACAGAAAAAGAAUAUGCUUGUCUACGAUUAUCUCAAGGACUUUCAUUUAAAUAUGAUAAUCUUCAUGCAUAUCAGCGAUAUGGAAUACCAACACCAGAAUGCAAUCAAACAUCAUGGAUAGCAUGGUUUUUACUUAUACAAUAUUUCUUUUUAGCUAAACGUUUUCUUACAUCACUUUUAACAGCUAUGUUUGGUUUAACCGGAGCAAGAGUACAAAGUCAAUCUGAACAAAUAUGGAUGUAUAAUCGAUAUGAAAUUGUUAUGGAGUAUGCUAAACGACCACGUUUACCACCACCUUUUGUUGUUAUUUCUUAUGUUGUUAUGUUAAUAGCAAGUUGUAGUCGUCAAUGUAUUCUAAAAGCAAAAGAAUAUUCUGAUAGAAAAAAAAAUGCUAAAAAUCGAAGUCGUACACAAACAUUAGCAACAGAUGGUCAUGAUGAUACUACAGAUGAUUUGAAAAAUACAUCAGCUGAAGAAAUCCCAGACCGUUCAUUAAUAGGACGUUGUGUUAAUUGUAAACCAUGUCAAAAUGUUGCAGUUAAGCAAAAAAAGAAAACUGAUUUGAAGAAUCGUACUUGGGAAGAUAGUGAAGCUAAUUUAUAUUGGAAAUAUAAAGCUAAAGAAUAUUAUGCUAAAACACAAGAAGCUGACAAAGUACAAGAGAAACUUGAUAAUUUAUCAAAUUGUGUAAUGACUAUACAAAAAGAUAUCGAUGUACAACGAAAAUCAUUACGACAAAUUAAUGAUCGUGUUGGUGCAUUAGACAGGUUAAUGAUUGAUUCACAUAUAUUACUGGAAAAAAUUCGUUCAACAAUUCAACAAGGAGAUAAAUCAUUACCUGAGUCUGACAAAUUUGUUCAUAUUUUAUCAAGAGAAUCACCAUAUAUUUAUACAAAUGAAGCACGAUUUCCAGUCACAGAAAGACAUAUUCCUUGGAAGGUUCAAUUUGAUUUAUAUGAUCCAACAGUAAUUUCAUUACCAAAAGAACAUGAAUGUUUUAAAGAUAGUGAACGACCAUUUGUUGAACUGGAUUUAUUAAAAUCAACUUCUGAUGAUGAUAAUAAUAAUAAUGAUGAUGAUGAUGAUGGCGAUGGACGACAAAUGACUGAUGGCAAAACUGCUGUGUCACUAGGUCCUAUUAAUCAACCGGAUUUAUUUGGAGCUAUUGAAGCACCAGUGGCAAUAGUAACAAGUGACAUUAAUAUUCCAUCUACAGACUUUAAAUGGAAUCAAAUUGUUGAAUUACAGCUAUCCGAUGGGAAAAAGAUCAUUAUUGAUCGAACAACUUGGAUAACAAGUUCCGAAGAUAAAACAUCUACAACCUAUCGAAUAGAUACUCAAUUAUCAAUACCUUUGAAUCCAAUGGGUCGUACAGGUUUACGCGGUCGUGGUGCAUUAAUUCGAUGGGGACCAAAUAAAUCUAUUAUGGCUGUAGUAACACGAUGGAAAACACAUCGUGGUCAAUUUGCUAUUGUUGAUGGACAAAGAAUUUUAGAAGCUUUAGUAUUUAAAGAUAAAUUAACAAAUGAUUUCAAAUUACCUGGAGGAAAAAUUUUAGGCAUUGAAUCUCCAUAUGGCGCUAUAUGUCGUAGUUUUAAUAAACUUGCUUUUAAAGAUAAUGAUUCUGAACAUAGUUUAUCAGUACAAGAAAAAGAUAUGAUUGAACAUUUUGAAUCAUUUGCCCAUUCGUCGAUCCUUACUUCUGAACCAAGUGGAUUUGAAUCUCAUAUGGUUUAUCGAGGAUAUAUUGAUGAUCUUCGCAAUACAGAUAAUGCUUGGGUAGAAGCAGAAAUGUGGAAUUUUCAUUAUGCUUCAGCCCUGUCAUUUCCUAAUUUACGUACAGAUGGUGUGGCAAUAUGGAAAGAUGUCACGAACAAUUCUCGAGGAUUUCUUAUUCAAACAUCAAUUUUACGCGAAAUAGCUCGAAUUCAUGAUGCUUAUUUUGAGUGA